AUGGAAUUAAGCGAAUCAGAGUCCAGUAUUUUAGAAUCGGCUCUCCUCGACUGCUACGGCAGGUUCAUCACACUCCUCCCGGAGGACGUGCUCAGGGACCACAUACACCUGCCCUUCCACCUCCAGGAGGCAUUCUGGUGGUACUGCGAUAAGUGGCAGGUGAGGCACCCGGAACUCCCCUCGUACAGCUUCAGCGACUUCCUGGAGUUCAUCUGCCGCGACUGUCCGAUCCUGAAGAAGUUCGUGACCACGAACGACCUCAAGAACAUGAUCAGCAACUGGCGCGAGUACGCGAAGAAGAUCCCGGUGCGCGGCGGCAUCAUCUUCAACACCGCCUGCGAGAAGGUGCUGCUCGUGCAGUCCUACAAGAGCAAGAGCUGGAGCUUCCCGCGCGGCAAGCGCGACGAGGCGGAGGACGACGCCAAGUGCGCCGCGCGCGAGAUCCAGGAGGAGACUGGGCUGGACCUCAACUCGAGCAUAAACGGCGACUUCUACCUGGAGAUAGUGGAGAACGACAUGAACCUCAAGUUGUUUCUCAUCCCGGGCGUCGACGACAACGUGCGCCUAAAGUCGUUUUCGGACUACGAAAUAUGCAAGUUCAAGUGGAUUCACCUGCGGCAGCUGGAGAACAUUCACUACCUCCGCUUCUCGACCUUCCAGGUGAAGCCCUUCAUUAAGAAGAUCAUUGAGUUUUCGAAGGACUUUCAGGGCGGCAAGUACGCAUCGCAGUUCCCCGAGGCCUACCAGAGGUACCUGAAGCUGGCGAACAUUAACCAGAUCACGUUCGGUUUAGCCGCACACGGCUCGGCUCCGGGGUCUGCCAGCGGGUGGACCCCCGAGGAGAUGUUCCGGGUCAACUUCGAGAAGUUCGGGAUCGUCUCGACUUACAAGGAGGACGAGGUGAAGCAGGAGAGCAUUUUCCAGAGCUGGACGCCUGUGGAGAUCAGGCCUAAGAACAAGAGGUACAAGGAGCGCGAGCUGGUCAAGUUCGACCCUGACCAGUUUUCUAGCAAGUAG